AUGUCUCGACGACUCUGUACCGACGACGACAUUGUCGACGGACUGUUGGGCGCCACGGGCCGCCUUUGCGACGAACCGCGCAUACGAGCCCUGUGCGUGGACGCCCGGCGCUCGUUCCUCCGGCAACCCAUGCUGCUGCGCCUGCAGGCACCCAUCAAAGUGGUCGGCGACUUGCACGGCCAGUUCGGCGAUCUUCUCCGGGUGUUCGAAGUGGCCGGCCGGCCGCCGAAAGCCGACUUCUUGUUCUUGGGCGAUUUCGUGGACCGCGGCCCUCAGUCCGUCGAAGUGAUCACUCUACUGCUGGCGCUCAAGACACGGUAUCCGGAAAACGUUCACCUCCUCCGAGGGAACCACGAGUGCCGUACCGUGAACAUCCGGUACGGGUUCUACGGAGAGUGCCGGUCCCGGUACGGCCUGCUCACGGGCGCCCGGCUGUGGCGAGCGUUCAACCGGACGUUCGACUGCAUGCCGGUGGCCGCGGUCAUCGGCGGUCUGAUAUUCUGCACGCACGGAGGCCUCAGUCCGGAUCUGCACCACAUGGCUCAGAUAGACCGGAUCCGGAGGCCCGCCACGGUGCCCAGGCGCGGUAUGCUGUGCGACCUGCUGUGGUCAGAUCCGGCCGCGGGCCCCAUCCAGGGCUGGCGGAAGAACGUUCGCCGGAACGUGUCGUAUGUGUUCGGCGCCGACCGGGUGGCCGAUUUCCUGUCCAGAUUCCGGUUCCAGUUGGUGGUCAGGGCUCAUCAGUGCGUGGAGGGCGGUUACCAAUUUUUCGCGGGCCGCAAGCUGGUGACCGUGUUCAGCGCACCCGAUUACAAUGGAUACGGUUUGCCGGGCGCCGUCAUGUCUGUGAACAAACACGCCGAGUGCACUUUCCAGCUGAUACCGGUUGAAGGAGCAGCGCAAAACAAGCGUCAGGUUGCGGUGCGGGGGGCGGCAAACAGAAGAUCAAAAUCGUGUUAGACUUCAGUGCGACAGCGAUUUUUUUAAGAUGUUUAUACAGCGGGCUGUAUACCGGCUGGACAUGGAUCUCAGAACUCUUAAUUUUUUUAAUUAUUUACAGCAGGUCCACAAUGCAAGAUAUAUCACGAAAGCCACGAAAGAAACAAACGAAUUCUACUUUUUAGAAAAUCUAAUAAAUUUUUUAACAUACAUUAUCACUAUAGUUGCAUAUGAUAUGUCCAUCGGAACUCUAUUUUAACGGAUUUUCUUUAUUAUUGUAUCCAAAAUACUCAAUCGUGCAUCGCGGAUAAAAUAUACGGCACUCCGACGAUCGCCCAUUAUAUAUAUUGUAACAGCUCCACGCCGAGAGGUUCGGCGCGGGUCUGAUCAUCCCCUUCCCCUUCGUCAGCUGGGGUGCUAAGCACACGACUAUCGACCCUGCCUAGAGCCACGCGUUUGAGAGUUGUAUUAUAAUAGGAAAGUAUUCAACCGAAGUUAUAAUAUAUGACUGAAAUGAGACGCGCCACAGUAUUCAAUGUUCUACAAGAUAUUCCAAAAUAUAAAGUUGGAAGAUAUGCUUCUGAAACUAGAGUAAAUAAACGGCGAUUGUGCUGUUGUAUUAAAAAAGCAGGCAAUUAAACAAAUUACAGCAGUUAUGGAAGAUAUCGUUGAAUCGAUUAACACGGUACAAUAGUUAGAUGAAUUGUAUUUUGUAAUCUAUUACUAAUUAUACAACUGAGUGUAAUUAACAUUCCUGGCAUGACUUACCGCAUGACAUCAGCAGACACAUCUAGAUAAAAGGUAUAUUUAUUAUGCAGACGAUAAGGGUGCCGUCAACACAUUUCAAUGAAAUGGUAUUAAAAAAAAUAAUAAUAAUAAGACAAAAUGUAUUAUCAAGAUACACAUUUGUAAUGUUUAUAUUUCAAUUGUAUAAAAAUGUAGGUAUACAGUUUAUCUUAGCAAACCGAUUACAGCUCUUCUCCCCCCCAAAUCCGUAGAUAAUUUUAAAAAGCUAAUUUCUUCAUCAGCAGGUAAACGCAUUGGUCCACUUCGAAUCCGUGUAAAUUGUUUGGGUCACCCAGCAGUCGCAUCAAUAAUCCGCCAAAUGAUACGUAAGCGGCACUAAAAUAUAAAAUUUCAAAAUUAAAGGAGAACAACAAAUUAUUAUUGUAAUAAUAUGAUAGCAAAAAAUAUCGUCCAACAAGCGUUACGAGUAACAAAUUAAUAUAUAAUAUAAUAUUAUACGUAGGGUGUAUUAUAAAUAAAUCAAGAGGGGAAGGCGUCCAUCGAUGUUUAUAGUUUCUCUUCUUAUACAAUCGUAGGUACUUAUAAUUUUUAUGCAGCCAGCCAUUAAAUUAACUCGUAUAGGUAUAUAGGAUUACGCCGAGUGUUACGCGCUCGUUUCGUUUUGCAAUUGAUUGCAAGUAUAGGAGAUGAUAAUAUUAUUCUACACAGCUUUUUAUAGAACUCGGUGGACACAAAUUGUCGGUAAUAAUGAGAGGGACAGUGUAUCGCAAUAAUAAAACGUACGAAAACCUUACGAGUACACCGAUUACUACAGAAAGUCUCAUAGUAAACCGGAGUGUCCGGAUAUUCUAGUUUUUUUUUCUUAGAUUUUUCAGCUACGUUCGUUCGUGCGUUGGGUGUCAGUACUGUCACUGUCAUAUAAUUUCCAUAAAACAGAAUAUUAUAUAGUUUGUGUUUAUCAUUGUCACAUAAUAUAGUUAAGGGAGGGACGCGACAAAAAUCACCGCAACAGCCGUCGAGUCGUAUGUUGCGAAAAAGUUUUAAAAUCGUUGCGGUUUUGCUUGAAAAAAUAAUGUUUGCUUUAUGUUUAUGGUUUAUUUUUCACUCUUAUCACGGCGACUGUGACACUGUGACUUUGAAAGGCUGUGGAUUUUGUCUGCACGCGAGUUUCAAAUUUAAAUGAAAAACCCGCUAGGUAUAUAUGUAUUUCCCUUUUCAGAAAAAUAAACUUUCGUAUUUUCAUUAAAGUAAAAUUUACUUUUAUACCGCCCGCCAGGGAAUACUAUGUGCAUUGUAUAUGUAUACGACUUGGAUGUAUAAAAGCGAACCCAAGUAAUUGGGUCCACACCGAAUCGCGGAGAUUCUUUUACUAUCGAAACGUUAUUUACCGUCUACGCUAAUUACAUUUUAACUACAAAUAAUAUCAUCAACUCAUCCACGACGAUAGCUGAUAUUGAUUCUGCGUGUAUAAAAGUAAUACAAUUUUCGACGAAUGUUGUUUAUUGGUUAAAAUAUAUGUAUUACAGACACAACUUUGGUAUGAGAAGAAAAAUAAAACGAUUUACCUCGGAAAUGCGAUUUGCUAUGUGCAUAGUACGUUGUAAUAUUGUCAUACACGUCGAUUUAUCAUUUAUCAUAAUAUUAUUAUCAUAUUGUCAUGUUAUACUGGUCCCAGAGAAGGGGACAAUAAUUAUAUACAAACAAGUCAUUUUUUGUAUGAUAUUAUAUUAUUUUACUAACAUGUAAUAGUAUGUGAUACUAAUAUGUGUACAUCAAAUGAA